GUUAGCAAUCUCCCCUAUAACCUUUGACUGAAUCAUAUAUACAUAUAUAAUAUACAUAUUCGAGUUAGAUCUAUUGCCGAAUCGAAUGAUUUUCGAUUGGGAAGGCUUCUUUUUAUCGUUUAAACUGAUUUUAAUUUAUUUCAUAAUCAUUUGAGUGUGUAGAAGGGUUUAGGUUACAGAUAUUGUACACACUGUAGAACAGUGGAAAAUCAUGUCUAAGGCUCAUCUUAGUGCAAAAAUAGGACCCUCGAUCCUGAAUGCUGAUUUAUCAAAACUCCACGAUGAAUCGCAAAAACUACUAGAUAACGGGGCUGAUUACCUGCAUUUGGACGUCAUGGAUGGCCACUUUGUGCCUAAUCUGACAUUCGGGCAUCCCUUGGUCAAGUGCUUGAGGGGAAAAAUUAAGAAUGCCUUCUUUGAAACGCAUAUGAUGGUAUCAAAGCCAGAGCAGUGGAUCGAACCAAUGGCUGAUGCUGGGGUCGAUCAGUACACAUUCCAUGUUGAACCAGUUGAAGACGUUCCGUUGGUGUGCAGAAAGGUCAGGGAAGCCGGUAUGAAGGUGGGGGUUGCUUUGAAGCCAGGAACUCCAGUAGACGUUGUUGUAAAUUAUGUGGAUCAGGCUGACAUGGUUCUCGUGAUGACUGUGGAGCCAGGCUUCGGAGGCCAGAAGUUCAUGCAGAAUAUGAUGGAGAAGGUUUCCUGGCUCAGGAAGAAUUAUCCUGCACUCAACAUUGAGGUUGAUGGUGGUGUGGGGCCCAAUACCAUUGAUGCAUGUGCCAAAGCUGGAGCCAAUUGGAUUGUCUCAGGAACGGCAGUAAUUGGUGCUCCAGAACCAGCAAAAGUCAUAACCACCCUGAGAAAUGCAGUGAAUUCCUACUUGGGGACUAACUAAAAACAUUAUAAGGCAUUGACAAUACAAGAGGAAACAGGGUUGUUCAGAAUAAAAAAUAAGCUUUAUUAUUCUCGUAAUCAAAAAGUCUCGAUUUUUCCAAUUCCAGUAUUAUUACUCUCCUUCACUAGAAUCCGAUUGAUAAACCCUCACUUUGCUCUCAUUUUUGUCGUCAGAAUUGAUCGUUUUACUGCAUUUAUCCUCAGUAUGGGGUAGAUGUGGCUGUUCCUCCUUGUGAAGGGGAAAUUGUGGAUGGGAAAUAGGAGGAUGUUUGGCGAGUAAUUUGCCCCUGAGUUCAGAAAGAGAAACCAGAAUGGCUUCCUCAGUUCUGAUAGUCCUGGAGCCCUGCUCAGGACAGGUGUUAAGGUAUUUAUCGAAGAGGAGGCUCGGGUCAUCGAUGCUGAGGCAUGGAUCGGCCUCGAGGGCUGUCUCCAGACCUGACAGACCCCCAAACACCACCAGCCCGUGGUUGUACUCAAUACCCUUCGAGGGAAUCUCGUCGGUCGGUGAUCCCUUGUCAGAUGUUCCAAUUGUAAGGUCGUAACCCUUCUCGUAGGGGCAUUGGGAGAAUACCUCGGUGAUGCUCGAGGCUAAACGCACGGAAUACCCCCAAUAUAUUCCGGUCUCAGCGUGUGGAACUGUAGGAGCAACUACAGUACCUUCAAAGAAAUUAAUAUUAUAAUCAAUAUUUGCCUGUCUUUUCAUUGAGGUUUAUUUUUUCAACUUUGAUAGUGAUGCAGAAACAUAUUCUAAAGAAAUUCAUCCACUCCAUAAAUUUUACCUUUCAAUCUCUUAGGAUUUUCCUGAUCCAGCGGAAUUCUCAGGGUAACCCUGAGCCCAGGGGUCAGCAUUUUGUCAAUAUGAACAUCAUUGAGCAGUCCCACAUUCACCUGUGAUCCUUUUCCAGCUUUAAUCGGUUUGUUAGUCACCACUCCUUCUCGAAAGGGUGAAACAUCAUUGGCCCUCAGGUGAUGAGGUGCAUCCAGAGGAUUUAAAACCCCUGCGUACUGCAAAUCCUUGUGCAGUGGAAAAAAGUACUUCCUCAGGUACUGGGGGCACUCGAGGUACUGCAGAAUUCUCGCCAGCUGCAGGCAGCCCACCCUGGCCUCCCCCAACUGUUCGUCUUUCUUUAUUUUCUUCCUGUCGCCUUCCGUCACCUGUCCUUGGUCGUCAAAGACAAUCACUUCGUCAACUUUGUAAAUGCAGGCUGCACGUGCUAUUUGUCCAGCCAGGUAUGUUCUCAGCUCAGGGGAUUGGGCGUUAUCGAGGAUUGACCCUGGAACUGCGAUGCUCAGGGUCGAAAUUUCAAUCUUUUCAGGUUUCUUCUGGGGUUCCUCCUCAAUUUUCUCUUCUGCUUCUGUUUCUUUUUUAGUUUUUUUCACUAGACGUUCUUCCCUCCAUUUCUUACGUUUCUCUUUGCGAAUUUUGUUGUGUUCUUGCCAACUUUUACCUUGAGGGACUGUUGCUGCCAUUUUAGUGGUGAACGCACACUUUUAUACUUUUAUCAAGUGAUGAAUAAAUUUUAUCGAAUUUUAUGUCCACAAAUUGUUUAAAAUUAACGUCAACUAUAACGAGAAUAAUCAUAAAAUAAUGAAUUCAUUUUAUUAAUUAGUAGAAUAUUUUUUUCAACUUAUAAUUCACCAGUUCGUUAAAUACAUCCUCAAUCUAACCUCGGUAAUCUUCUUUCAGACGGAAACAUACAACAGUACUUCUAGAACAACUUUUGAAACAAACGAAAUAA